AAUGAAGGCAAGCCAGGAAUAGUGGAAAGCCAGGGAAUCCAAGUAGAAGAAGGGUUGAACCUUUUUCAUAAACAAGAGGGAAUAGAUUUUGUUCCUAACAACAACAUUGACAUUUAUUCAGAUUUCUCUUCUGGUGGAGGCAAUAACAGCAUAUCCUCAUAUCUGGAAUGCUUCCAAGAAGUUUAGUGAGCGCUUUCAAUCUUGGAGGUUGAAAAUUUUGGCAGAUAUGUUGUCAUUCCUUCAGAAGGAAAGUGGCGAUAGUAUUAUUCCUCAAAGAGAAAAAGAGUUCCAUAAACUAUGCGAAGAAGCUAUUGAAAUUGGAUUUGAGAGUUCAUGGGUAGAGCAAAUGCGUCAACGUAUUGUGGUGAGCGAUCCUAAGCUGGGAGAGGACAUUGCACGGAGACAAAUAGAUGAGAAUUCUAAGAGCAAUUUAAGUUUGUUACACAGGUGUAGUAGUGGGGACGUUGUUGAAGAAGGUGAUGGGCCUAAGAUUAGCUUGGAAGAAGGUUCUGACUUGGUUGAUAAAGAAGGUGAAAUAGGUGUUGUUUAUAAUGACGACAUUGUGGCUCCGAGACAUGAAGAACCAGAGCAGGAAUUUGUUGCAGAAGUUUUCACUUCAGAAAUACCAAGAAUAACAGCAUCAUUAACAAACUUGCAAACAAUUGAAAAGCCAACUCCAAGUCAUUUGUAUAUUCCAAUACGUGAAACACCCUCAAAUGUAUUGGUGGACACACAACAGACUAGUGAACCGUGUCUGAUGAAGCAGAAAAAACCAGUUGGUGAAAUUCCUAAGAGUGAAAUUAAGAGCAGCCAAAUUGAGGUACGCAUUGCUAAAGAAAGUGAAGGCCAUCCUAAAAUCAUUCAAGACUUUGGGGCCACUGAUAUCACGAGUUUAUUUGCACCAAUUGUUGUGGGGAAAGAGGGUGAAGAUAAGCUAGUUGGAAAGACCCUUGCUGAGUUAGAAAAGUAUCUGAAGAUGUCUCUGAAGGAUAUAGUUAGCUCUGAGACUAACAGCCUUCGUCUUUUGUCUGCUCUUAAUUUCCUGUCCAACCUUCCUUUCAAAGAUGUGAAAGUAUCAGAUGGACUCAAACAUAUUAUAGACACUAUGCACCGACACUUGCCAAGCAUUCUAUUCUCCUUUAAGCAAGGCUUUGCCACCACUGCCAAGUUGGCAGAACUUGAAGCUCGUGCGAAUGAGGUGACCAUUAAAAAGAAGUUCUAUGAUGAAGUUCAACGGAAGGAAGUAGUUUUGAAGCAACAAAUCAUUAGAUUGAAGGAAGAAAUAAGAGUUUGUGAGGUUGCCUUAUCAUCUCUGGAGGCGGAAAAAAACAAAUGCAUUGCGGAAACUGUAGAAUACAAAACGGAGCUUGAAAAUGCGAGGAAAGACGAAUCUCAAAUGUUGGAGGUGGCUCAUAAAUGGUCAGUUCUGUGUAGUGAAUAUGAGCUCAAUCGCAUGGCUGCUACAAAUCGCUCGUGAGGGUUUUCGUUGUUCAUUAUUAUUAAGGUUAAUGUCUUAUGUUUUUUCUAGUGGUUUAUGCUUCAAUAAGGUAGCUUGGUCCUAAAUUAACUUAAUGUGCACCCAACCCAUCAGCCAGUACCACUCAUCAUAUAGUUUCAGUUUACUUUCCAAAUUUCGAUUGUUCUAUUUUGUUGUAUGUUUGGUAUCUUAUUUGUGUGUAAGAGGUUGUUCUUUCUUUCUUCAAUGAAUGUCUUUUGUCUUCUCUGUAGGGACUA